UCUGUUCAGAGCAAUGUGUCCAGUGGCCCGAGUGUGACUGAGUAGAAACCGAGUCGAGUCGAAGAGAGAGAGAGAGAGAGAAAGAGAAGAGAGAGAAAAUGUUCCUACGAAGGGUGGCGCUGCCUCUGAUGGCGAGGGUGAAGGAGACGACGGGGAUCGUAGGGCUUGAUGUGGUCCCGAACGCGAGGGAGGUGUUGAUUAAUCUAUAUAACAAAACCCUAAAGGAGAUUCAGAUCGUCCCUGAGGACGAGGGCUACCGUAAGGCGGUAGAGAGUUUCACGCGCCACCGCCUAAAGGUGUGCCAGGAGGAGGAGGACUGGGAAGUAAUAGAAAAACGGCUCGGAUGUGGUCAGGUCGAAGAGCUCAUCGAAGAGGCUCAGGACGAGCUCAAGCUCAUGUCCAAGAUGAUCGAGUGGGAUGCAUGGGGUGUUCCUGAUGACUAUGAGUGUGAAGUUAUUGAGAAUGAUGCUCCAGUUCCGAAGCAUGUCCCCUUGCACCGACCUGGCCCUCUCCCUGAGGAGUUCUACAAGACGUUGGAGGCUGUUACUUCAGGCACGUUGGAGCCUGCUACUUCGAAGCCUGCAAUCACCUCAAGCGACUGACAAAACAAUGGAGUAGUAUGCUGCUGGCACUUGUUUUGGAUAUUCAUUAAGAAACAUCUGAGAUUCUAAGCUAAAUCAAUGUCCUUUACUCUCUAAGUUCUCUUGUUUAUGCUUGUUACGUCGAAAUAGUUUGUUUGCUGGAUCGGACAUAGUUUAUUGGUGUAGAAAAGCUUAAACCAUUGCCAAUAAACUCGAAUUGAGCUGGUAUUUUAAUAAAUUUAUUUUUAAUUUGCGUUCCUGUUGUAGUGAGAACUUGUGCUAGGAGUAUUAGCUGUAUUUGCCUGUGACUAAGAAAUAAAAAGGUCGAUGAGGGAAUAAUUGUUCUCGA